CUCCUCCCCUUCCUCCCUGCGCACGGGAUGGGGUGGUGGCUGCUGGCCGUGGGGCUGCUGCUCUGCCUGCUGCUUCGCUUCACCCUACGCAGCCCCGCGCCGCCGCUCGCCCUGCCCCCGCUGCACGGCCGCACCGCCGUCGUCACCGGGGGAAGCAGUGGUAUCGGGGAGGCUGCGGCACGGCAGCUGGCACGGUGCGGGGCGCGUGUGGUGCUGGCAACGCGCAGUGCGCUGCGGGGAGAAGAGGCUGCGCGGCGCAUCCGUAGGGACACGGGGAACCCCGAGGUGCUCUUCAUGCCUCUGGACCUCAGCAGCCUCCACUCAGUGCACGCCUUCGCCACCGCCUUCCUGCAGCAGGAGCCCCACCUGCACCUCCUCAUCAACAACGCCGGAGUGAGCGCCGGGGGCACGACGGAGGAUGGUUUCAGCCUGCCGUUCCAGGUGAACCACCUGGGCCACUUCCUGCUGACCCGACUGCUGCUGCAGCGCCUGCAGAGCAGCGCCCCGAGCCGUGUGAUCAUCGUCGCCUCCUCUGCACACUGUGCUGGCCGCCUGCGCAUGGCUGAGCUCGGCCGCCCACCCCCCGGCCCCUUUGCUGCCUUCCAGGAUUACUGUGACAGCAAGCUGGCCAACGUGCUGCACGCACGGCAGCUGGCAGCACGCCUGCAGGGGACUGGAGUCACUGCCUAUGCCGUGCACCCAGGUUUUGUCAACACUCAGCUGUUCCGUCACGCACCGCUGUGGUUGCAGCUGCUGUGGACUCCGCUGUCCCGGUUCUGCUUCCGCAGUGCAGCUGAAGGCGCACGCCCAGUGCUGUUCUGUGCCACGCAGGAUGGCCUCGAGCCCUUCAGUGGCUGCUACUUCGCCAACUGCCGCCCUCUGCAGCCCUGGGCUCAGGGCAGGGAUGAUGCUGCAGCAUGGGAGCUGUGGGACCGCAGCGAGAGGCUGUUGGGGCUGCAGCCCUCCUUGUGCACACCUGUGGAAUAAAUAAGUCCUGCAGUUGUGUU